CGAGUCGAGUCUGAAGCCUCGCGAUCGCCGGACCGCACUCUGCUGAGAAAGUUUCGCACAUACUAACGCAAACGUGUUGCCCCGACUUGGUUUUAUUAUAAAAUUGGCAUAUGAAGGCAUUUCUCAUAUCAGUCCACAGUGGUCGUUCGGCGGGUGAUCAUACGCGAAAAUCAGGUCGAAAGUAGGUAUCCUCUUUCGUUUGGCACUCUUCUUUUUUCGCAACUUUUCUGCCGAGUGAGUUUUAGUUAGUCGUCGCUGUGCAAAGUGGUUAGUGAGGAGUGUGUCGUUGGGAAAUUUGGACUGUGCAAAUUUGUGAAGUUGACACCGGUACAAGUUGUGUGAAAUUUUCGGCUACGAUAGUGACCCUACCCGGUGAAAAUGACUCAUAAUAGCACCAAUUGGGGAUGCUUUGUGGUCUGAUUAGGUGAAGAAACUCGUCAAGUUGCCACACUUGAACUAAGGUGGAUCUCAUCAGAGUGUGGAGAGCAGUGGCGGCGAUUGUUACCGAGGGUCGAAAAAGUAGUGGAGCAGUGAAGCGCACCGGAGAAACAUAGUGUGAAUUUUAAAACUGUAGUUCAGACAUAACAAACAUUGAAGUGUAUUUGCCGAUCAAGUUAACCAACAACUUCAAGGUCAGGGAAGAAGUAAGCGGUGGUGAACCACAGUGACAUCCAAUAUAAUUCCUCUUACUGUCCGACGGAUCACGGAAACAUUCAGUCACAAUGGUGCUAAACCCUCUGGUGCAUUUCAUCAAAGCAAUUGGGCGCAUCCCAACCCGCUUCAACAUAGCCAUUAUGUUGUUCAUGUCCUGCUUCGUGAGCUACAUGCUGCGUGUGAACAUGUCAGUCAACAUCCUCGCGAUGGUAAAUCCCACCCAAAAUACCGCACAAAAAAUCUCUCCUGUGGUCAAUGACACAAUCGUGGGUUCGAACAGCACGUUCGUCGUUACAAUGGUCUCUCCAGCAGUAAUGGAUUACGGACCCCGCUACAACUGGUCAUCGCACGAUCAAAGCCUCAUUUUGGGGGCCUAUUUCUACGGCUACCUCUUGCUAUCGCUACCGGCGGGUGUGCUGGCGGAACGGUUCGGUGGACGUAACAUGGUUGGCGUCUCGCUGGCACUCAGCGCACUACUGACGGCGUUAACCCCACUAGCGGCCACCUAUGGUCUUUGGGUCAUCGUGGCGAACCGCGCGCUGCUGGGAGUUUGCGGGGGAGUGCUCUACCCAGCGCUACACAAUUUGGUCUCCAAGUGGGCACCACCAGACGAGAAGGGCAAAUUCAUAUCCGCACUAAUGGGAGGCACUUUCGGCACGAUGGUGACCUGGCCGCUGGUCGGUGUGCUGAUCGAGACACUGGGCUGGUCAUUCGCUUUUUACGUCCCAGCCAUGAUCACCGCCAUCGUGACAGCGUUCUGGUUCGUUCUGGUAGCCGACUCACCCUCCAAACAUCGUCACAUCAAAAAGGAAGAACUGGAAUACAUCGAGAAGUCCAUGGGUGACACCAUCUCCAAGCAAAAACUGCUCCCACCGGUUGGGAAAGUGAUGACAUCGGUUCCUUUUCUCGCCCUGCUGGUACUCCACUUUGGCAACCUCUGGGGUCUCUAUUUCCUGCUAACUGCUGCUCCCAAGUUCAUGAGCGAGGUUCUAGGAUUCAAACUGGCCAAGGCAGGCUUCCUGUCCGCCCUCCCGUAUCUGGCCCGUGCGAUGGCCGCAUUCGGCUUCGGCAGCAUCGGGGAUUACCUGAGAAAGAAAUCGUUCUUUGCCGUUACCACAUUGCGCAAAUCAUUCUGUCUAUUCUCUCACAUAAUCCCCGGUCUGUUCCUCGUUGGCCUCAUCUACGCUGGGUUCGAUCCGUACGUGUGCGUCGCCAUAAUCACUCUCUCGCUGGGCUUCAAUGGCGCCUCCACGAUGACCAACCUGCAGAACUCACAAGACCUGGCACCUAACUUUGCCGGUACCCUGUAUGGCAUCAUCAACUUUGUCGGAACCACCGCUGGAUUCAUCUCGCCCAUGCUGGUGGCACAUUUCACUGCCGAGCAGAGCACCAUGCAAGAGUGGCAAUACGUCUUCGCGAUCGGUGCGGCGGCCUACAUCGUUCCGGCCCUGGUAUUCAUCCUGUUCGGCUCCGGCAUGGUGCAGAAGUGGAACGAACCUGAGCAGUCGAACGAGCCUUCGAAGAAAGCUAUCGCUGAGCGACAGGCGGCGGCCUGGUGAUGCUCUCCUCGCCCCGGAAUGGUCCAGUCCUGUGGCGAAUAGCAAACACUGUCGACAGAGCAUCUUUCCUAGCGAUCUUUUGUAAAUAUAUCUGAGUUAUGUUAUUAGGAAAUAUAGAUCUAAUCCGAUCUCAUUUCCAAUGAUAGUCAACUACCUAUUAAGUGAGCAAACGAGAAGUAUUAUUAGCGUAGGUUAGAGAGAUAUAAAUAACAUUAAUUGGUAUAUAAUUUUUCUAUAUACAAAUAUAUAUAAAUUCUGUAAUUGAGUAAAGCAGGUGUAGAUAGCGCUUCGUUUAUGUAACAUGUAAGUUUAUGCUCUUAUUGCAGCAGCAGCAGCAGCAACAGCUACAAUAAUGAUAAUAAAAUAUAUCAAUCGAAA